AUGGCACCAAGAAAGAAGACAGCAACAUUGGCUACCAAUGGUAAAACUGCUACGAACACAGCCAAGAAAGUAGAAAAUGGCAAAGAUAAAAAGCCUUUAAAGAGACGCGCUGAAGAGUUGGAAGAAGAUGAACAAAGCGAUCAAGAGUUUGGAAGUGUUGACAUUGAUAUGCAUUCUGACGAUGAAGAAGAACAAUCUGAAAAAGAGAAUGACGAUGACGAAGACAUUGAAGAAUUCCCUGAAAUCGAUCUUAGCGAUGAUGAUGAAGACGAGGCUGACAGUGAAGACAUGGACGAAGAAGAAGAAGAAGAAGAA